AUGUCAAUUCUAUUAGGUGAAAAAUUUUCAUGGGCUUAUAAUCCAGAUGAUAUUCGUUCUCGUUUGAUUAGUUCGAUUAUUGCUUGUUUUAUGAUUGCUCGAUAUCGACUUCAUCGCAUAAACGAGGAACGGCUAAAAGAAAAAACAGAAAAGAUUCUUCUUGAAGUUGGUGAUCAUUUACGUACAAACAAUUAUCUAGUUGGUAAUCAAUUCUCGGCGGCUGAUUUAACAUUCUGUUCUCUUAUUAAACCACUUCAACGAGUAUCCUGUUUCAUAAAUGAUUAUCGUUUUCGAAUUAUUUUCGAAUAUCAAGAACGAAUUCGACGAGACUAUGAUCCUAAAUACCCAAAUAUUGAUAAUUUUGUUGAAAAAAUGGCCGAUAAACAUAGGACGCAAAAACAAGAAAAUGAAAAACGCUUCUCGAUCCGUCUAUGGGCAUUUCUUCAUCAAAUCAAUUUUAUUCAACGAUUUUUUAUCUGGUUUAUGACCAUGGUCGUGAACACCGUAUACGGACCAGCAAGUGACGACGAAGAGAUACCUCAAUUCCAGAGAUCAUCAUCAUCAUCAUCAUCACCGGGUAAUCGAGAACAAGAGGCACUAAAUGAUCAACGACUGAUUAAUAUCACGUCGAUAUGGUCAAUGAUCAAAUUUCUCUUCAAAUAUCAAUGCCAUCUGUUAUUUACUAUUCCGAACCAAGCAGCCUAUUUAAACAGAAAACUAUAG